GAGGCUCUAUGGUCUGUGCUGAGCUGCUUAUCCUGAUGCCCCGGCAACUGUCACCUCAUUGUCACCUCAGCAGGGGAAAUAGCACUGGCUCUUUAUGACUUUUAACGUUUCCUUUAUUAAUGAUUUUGGGAAAAAAAAAUUCUUUGCAUUUUUAAUUUGUUUUGCAGUGCACAUUAAAUGAAGAGUUGCCAAUAACCCAUCCAGGUAGCAAUGGCAUUUGCAAUCACUUUGUUUGACUUGGCCAACUUAUCAAUUGGCAACCCAGAAGCUGGGGCAGUUAACUUCAAUGCCCUGCACAGUCUUCUGCAUGCCAUCCUUCAACAUCUUAACAUCCAACAGCUGAAAACUGAAAUGCCAGAGGGGGAGAAGGGUCUGUUCACACCUCCUGGGGGGCAGGCACUCAGGUCUACGGUGGAGGGUCAGGCAGAUAGGGUGCCUCUUACCUCACAACAAGUAGAGGAUAAAUUGUUGGCCAUGGAGAAAAUGUUAAAUGCUUUGCCCUCAGGGGCACAACUGAUGGAGAGAAGUGAAUACCAGAAAGAUGGUGCCACCCCAGUAGGUGAGAUGUGGAGGAUGAUGAAAAUGAAAAAAAAGGUAGAGGCCAACGAGGAUGGCGUAACCAAGGCCAUGGCACUUACACAAGAGCUAAUGCAUGAGGUUAACGCUCUCAGACAGUCACAAGUGGAGAUCGAUCAACAUUUGCAGAAGUUCAUAAGCUCCCUGGGGCUGAGUCCUGAUGGAGGUUUCCAUGACUUUGAACGGCGUUUGAGCCAGAUAGAGUUGCACACAGGAGAUGAUGGAAGCCUAAAUAAGCUGCAGAAAGAACUGAUAUCCCUCCAGGAGAAUGUGAAAGAGCUAGAGGGGAAACUGAUUAAAUAUCCCAGCCCAGAAGAAUUAAACAACAUGGUGAGGUGGGAGGUGCUGAGAGAGACCCUGGUUAAAAGCUCGUCCAUCGAGGAAACUAAGGAUCUGCCAGUGCCUGCACCUCUUGAGACCACCGCUUCACAAACAUUGACAGAAGAGUCACCUGCUGUGGCAAAGGAUCUUGUGGACCCUCAGGCACUCAAUCAGCCAGGAGGACCAUCACUGGAAACCACUCAGAAGUCUGAUACAACCACCAUCCAGACUCAUCCAGGGGGUCCUGUGACUUCAGAACCUGGGUCCUAUCUUCCUGUCACUGGCCUGGAAGCCACUCAUCCACCAGGCUCACCAAGCAAGGCUGACCCAGAACCUGCUCCCACAGAACAGAAACCGUCCAUCUCUAAGUUACCUAUCCACACUGACACUUGCAUACAGACCUCCGAUUCCCUUACCCCUCAGUAUACUUUUCUCAGUGCCUCAUGUCCCUACCCAGAUGCAAUGGAGGCUCUGCGCAAAAUUGGAACUUUGUCUGAUGAGCAUGUGCUGCUGAGAGAGAGGGUGGAGGUACUGGAAAAAGAGAGAGCUGCCCAGGAAGCACUGAGAUCACAGUGGGGUGAAGCUGGUUUUAUAGAUCCUGCCCAGGCUCUUCCUAAUUUACAGGAAAAGAUUGAUCUACUGCAAAGAGAAAUACAAAAUAUGAAAGAAGACCAUGAGAAGGAUGAAGAGCUGUUGGGUCACAUCCAGAAGAAAAUGCUGCAACUACAGGAGGAAUGUGAUACAUUUAACAAAACGGCAGCAGCUCUGAUCGAGGAACAGCAGCAAGAAGAAAAACACAUUGAUAUUCUAUAUCAGUCAGUGGCAAAACUAAGAGAGACAAAAGCCGAUCGGGAACAUACUGAGCUGGAGACAGAUGUGAAAGCAGCCAAAAAAGCCCUUGAGAGGAAGGUGAGCCGCACGCAGUUUGAUGCCACUACAGAGCAGUUAAACAAUAUGCUGCAGGAGCUGCUGGGCAGGGUGAAUGGGCAGGAGCAGGACUGGCAGCGGUUCUUGGACAAGAUUAAUGCUGAGAUGGAGAGCAAGUUGGACCGUAUGGAGCUGUUCCCUCUCAAGCAGCAGCUGGAGGACAGAUGGAGAGCGCUGCGCGGCCAGUUACAGAACAGCUCUCUGCAGACUGAGGGUGAUGACGCUGCCUGCAUACGCAAACAACUCACCGCUCACUUUCACUGCCUCUCCUGCGACCGACCACUAGAUAUGAUCGUGCCAGGGCCGAAAAUACCAUCAAUCCCCUCCAUCCCUGCUCUACAAACACAUUAUUCCAACCGUCCGCACAUGGUGUAUCAACUGGACCAGAUCCGACAGCAGAACCGCAGUGAUCGCACCUCGGAAGUGACUGAUUCUGGGUACAGCAACAGCGCACGCAGCUGUGGGGGUAGCAGCACCCGAACCUACCUUUUCCGCCGCUUUGCUAAGCUUCAGAGCAUCGCCACAGCAACCUCUGAGGAACAUCUGAGCGCUGGAAUCACUGCAAAGCCACAGGAGGAAAUUGCCAUUUUAGGAUUUGACGGUCAGAUCUAUAAGGGAAGGAUUGAUUCUCGUUUCCCACCCAUUCUGAUGAAGGAGAAUUUAGCGCCUGACAAGGACAAAGAGAAACUGCCUCAGGUCUCCCAAAAAACUCUGCCUCUUUGUGACAGGAGCCCCUCUAUCUCCUGUGUGCAGAGUGACGAUAUGGGAGCAACCAACUACACAGCUCGAUCAUCCAGUAAAGGUCUCGGAUCCCAGAGCAGUCUGCUGCGCCAAAAGGAUCCUCUCACCGAAAGUCAGGAGACUCUGAAAAUCAAGGUUGAUUUAGACAUUACAAAGAUGGGUGCUGUGCUCUAAAAAUAAAUAAAUUAUUAACAGAC